AUGCUGAGUGCGUGCGUGAGUGUAAGAGCGUCCGCAACGGAGAUGGCGAAUCCACAUGAACCUCAUUUCUUUAAGCCGCUGCUUCCUGGUUUCCAAAGUGGCACAAUACCACUUGCCUUCUUCUCAAAGCACAUAGAAGGGAAGACGAACCAGAAAACAUGGAAACUAAGAUCAGACGCUUCAGAUCAAACUUGGGAAGUGAUACAAGAAGACAGGACACUCACCAGAGGUUGGAAAGAUUUCACCACAGCACAUGACCUUCAAAUCGGUGACCUUGUCAUCUUCAAACACGAAGGAGACAUGGUGUUUCAUGUCACUCCUUUUGGUCCUAGCUGUUGUGAGAUUCAGUAUACACAUCCUCACAUCAUCAAGGAAGAAGCCGACGCGGGUGAUGCUGAUGACAAUGAGAUUAGUAAGUCUUGA